AUGAAAGGAGGUGGUUUCAAAGUGAGGCCUACAACUCGAUGCAGCACUGCAACAAGAAGGCCAACCCAAGAGUUAGCCAUUUUGGAUUUGUAUUAAUAAACAACUAUCAAUCCCAUUCCUUAACUUAUUUUAACACCAACCUAAAGAACUCUACGAUCUCGACCCAAAACUGGCAUGAAAUUUACAAAUUAAUAUUGUACAGUUGCUACUUCAGAAAAUAAGUCAGAUCAUCAGAGACUUAAGACUAAUCAGGGUUCUUAAAGGAUGACCUAAUAAUCAACGAAAAAUUAAUUAGAAACCUUCACCGAUGGUUUAAUAAAAAAAACGAGUAUCGCCCAUUUAGAGACUGAUAUUCCUUAAUAAUGUGAAUAGAAAUUUAAAACCUAACCUCUGGGCGAUUUAAAGUACUAAUUUUCAUGAUGUAAUAUAAAUAGGGUUAUGCGCUCUAACUCCCAACAACAAGUAAAUACGACUUCUGUGAUUCAAUAACAAGUUUCUAAUUUAGAUCGAUACUUAAUUUUAAGUACUCUUGGACAAGGUUCCUAUGCAACUGUUAAAUUGGCUAGAGAUAAAUUUACAGAAAAGUAUACUCCCUUACAAAUUAUAGGCUAAUCGCAAUUAAGAUAUACUCCAAAGCUAAAUUAUGUAAUCAGCAAAGGAGACAGCAACUGAAGAGAGAAAUCCAUAUUCUCAAAUUAUUGAAUCACCCAAAUAUCAUAAAAUAUGUCAAUACCAUCGAAACAUAAAUGGAUAUUAAUUUAAUUGUUGAGUAUGGUGGAUCUAAGAGUUUGCGAUCAUAUUUGAAAGUAUACUUUACUAUUUCUAAUAUUAGUAAUUUCCAAAUAGAAGACUUGAUGAAAGUGAUGCUAAACUACUAUUUAGAUAAAUUGUAAAAGCAGUGGAUUAUUGUCAUUCUUUGAACAUAGUGCACAGGGAUAUUAAACUUGAAAACAUACUCUUAAAAGAUAAUAAUGAAAUUAAAUUGAUAGAUUUUGGAUUUUCAGUAUUAGUUAAUAGAGAUAGCAAGUUAGGAGUAUUUUGUGGGACUCCAAGGUAAUAAUAACUCAUUUAAAAUAGUUACAUGGCUCCAGAAUUAGUCAAUAAAUAGGAUUACUUUGGUAAACCUGUUGAUGUCUGGGCCUUGGGAGUUUUACUGUAUGUUUUAUUAACAGGUCACUUCCCAUUUAAAGGAUCUAAUGAUGCUGACCUAUAUGGAUAUAUUAAAAAGGGAGUCUAUCCAAAGGCUAAUGUGUCUACUUAGUGUCAGAAAUUAAUUUCACAAAUGUUAACCAUCAGGGCAAGCGAAAGAAUAACAACUUUAAGAGUAAUAACAAAAUAACAUUCUAGAUCUUGUAAGACAGAUGGUUCAAUUCUUGA